AUGGAGGCGAUAAAGAGACAGGCCAGCAGGCUAAGGGAGCAGGUCGCCAAGCAGCAGCAGGUGGCGUUAUUUUCUUCCUCCGGUCCUCUCGCUUCUGCCUUUCUUCUCCUCGUUCUCUUUUUCUGCGCGGAGUUGCAUUGGGCCUGAAUUCUUCUCACUCAUUCUGCCUGCCGGGCUCUUCCUGCAACCUUCUCUUCGCCAGUUUUCCACCUGACGACGGGGUGCAAGCGUGUGUUCCGAUUUAUCGCAGUAUUUUUGCUCUCUGUAUCUUCCUGAGCCUGCUGGGAAAUGUAGGCUCGGCCUUAAAUCUGUUCUGGGUACAUGUCAAGAUCGCUGCUUGCUUGGAUGUGCCCGGGGACAAUGAAGAAGGCCAUGGGAGGGGGGUAUAAAACUACUGAACCAUUCCAAUAAAACGGGGAGAAGGAUUGUGAGAUUGUGAUGACCAGUGGAGACUGAAAAGAAUGUUCAUGACUCGACCUGUGGCCUUUGAUAUCUGAGCAGGCAGUUCUGAAGCAACUUAGUGGGCGUUUUGCCAUCGAUGCCCUGGCUCUGGAUGAACCGGAUGCAGAGUGUCACCAACAACUCCAGAUGCUUUAUAAAUCCACAAGGGAGGCAAAGGUGCUUUAUAAAUCUUCUGGUCUUUGUGUUUAUUCGAUUAGGGUUCAUUCAGGUUACUUGGAUUCAUGGAUUCAAAGGGUUGCAGGGUAUGCUUUCAGAGAGGGUCACUUGAGGAGCCAUACUCUGCUAAUUUUGGGCUUCCAUCUUUUAUCUAGCAGCAUUUUCAGAGAAAUAUCAUGCGGGGAUUGGAAGGUCUCAUUUCAGCCAGUUCAAGGCAGAUAGAGAUUGGUAAGUAUUCUUUUCACUACCGAAUGAUCUUGCCGCAAAGAAGACAGUGCAGUGAUCUUGGACUACCUUUGUGCUUAGCAUCCAAGUUAGCUGAUGCCUGCUGCAAAUAUGGAGAGAAUGAAAACUCUGAUGCUGUUCUCGCUAGGGCUUCACUUCAUUUUGGUAAUUCGCACCAUUCGAUGGAAGAGGAGAGGGAAAAAUUACUUAAAAUUCUUGGAGACCAGGUGAAUAUACACUCUCUGUUUUAGUUUCUGCAUGGUCCUGUAAUCCAUAUUUAUCUCCCCCUUCAAACACUGUGCCAACCAAAAAAUAAAGAAGGGGGGGGGAUGCAUUGUAUCUAUCACAUGAACAGAAGCAGCACAUUGGAGCAUAUGAUAUUUUAUAAUUUCUCCAUCAGCGGGUCAUGCAUGAAAGCAUCUUGUGUGAGAUUUUUCGUCCAAUGACAUGUGCCGGCUGAAGCGUACCCAACUGUUGCCCAUAUAUAUAUAUAUAAUUUUAUUUUUUGGUGUCUUUUUAUUUGUAUAAUCAGGUUUUCUGAUGAUCCCUACAGUGUCAUGUGCCAUCUAAGUCAAACCCUUUGCGUUUUUAUUUUCGUUGUGAUCCAAUCAUCCGUACUUGCCAUUUUUGAUAUCAUUUCAAUCUCUUGGCAUUCUCUCUUCUGCUGCCCGUCCUGUUCAUCCUCGUGGCAUAGCGACCUGACCAGUACGGGUUAGAUCCCAUGACUUCACCCCAAGGUCAACGGGCCAGAAUAUUCGUUCGCGUCUCGCCUGCCUGAUCUGACCUGUGCUACCAUCAUCUCAAGACUUAAGAGGAUAUUAAUGUUGUAUCCAUUGUUUCCCCGAUACCUGCGCAGGUGUAUGAGCCGCUGCGGACCAUGAUCAUGGGAGCUCCAUUGGAGGACGCGCGGCACUUGGCUCACUGUUACGAGAAGCUCAGACAAGACGUAGAAUCUCAGGUCUUGUGCAGUCAUUCUUCUCGCGUUUUGUGUUUGGGUGAACUUCGGUGAAGAGGAGCACCUGACCUCCUACCAGGCAGUUGAUGUUGCGAGACGGCAGCUAAAGUCAAAGGAAGCGGGCGGCGCUCCUGAAACUCCCCUGAAGCUUCAGCAUUCAGAACUGAGACUGUCUGAACUUGGGUCCGCUUUAGCAGCGCUCGGAAGAGAAGCUACUUCAGCCAUGGAGUCGGUUGCAGCUGAUCAACAGAGAAUCACCUUCCAACAACUCCUUGCAAUGGUAUUCCCUUUUUUUUUUUAAUUUUUUUUUCUUCUGAAAUUAUUUGGUCUGGAAGAACGAAGUUUUCUUCUUACAAAGCGCUGCAUCUCCCUUUCAGGUCGAUGCGGAGAGAGGUUAUCAUCACAAUGUUGCUUCCAUCUUAGACGAACUUCGUGAUGCGGUACCUCUUUCAUCCACCCAGAAAAAAAAAAAAAAAAAAAAGAAAAAAAAAGAGGCUCUUUGACCAUCUCGCGCAUUGAUUGUAUCCAGAAAGCGAAAAAAUUCUUCCUUCUCUGCUGCCAAGUAAUUAUUUAACCCUGAUUCCGUGAUAGAUGGUCCUGGAGAGACAGAAGAGUGAAUCGGAGAGACAGCCGGCGUCUACUGUGGGAGGCAUUCUUGCUCUGGCAGCAUGCGAGGAAGAACACGAAGAAGAAGAGAAGCUGCAGUCUGAUGAUCUCCAUGAAAAUCAUACGAAUGGUGUUCAUGCUCGAGAAAGAAACAGCAAAACUGAACUAAACCCGUCUAAUAAUCUCCGAGGAGAUCAUGCGGAUGGCAUCCGGGCUCAGACAACAAGUCAAGAAACGGAACCACAUCAGUCUGGUGAUCUCCAAGGAGAUCAUGACACUGGAAUCCAAGCAGAAGCGAAGAAUGAGGAAAUCGAACCGAACCAGUCUCGUAAUUAUCUCAGAGGUUCAAUUAAUGGUAUCCGAUCUGAAGAAGCCACAGAUGAGCAAAUUGAACUGCACCAAUCUGGUUGUCCCGAACCAGCAGAUCAAAACACUGAAUAUUUUAUUGCAGAGGUAUCGUAUCCUGGAAACUGAGAUUUAUAUGCAAAAUAAAUAUGCUUAUAAAAUGCGCAUGGGAACCUGCAUUCAUUAGGACUUGUGUGAGUGUGAGUGUCCCCCAUUUAUUCCACUGCGCUGACCUGCUGCUCAGAAUGUGUCCAGCCCGGAGGGAAACUUUGGAGAAAAAAAACCCAAUUUUGUUGAUUAAAACAUAAUUCGUCUUCGCGCAUUAUACUGAUUUCUUUUCCAUUAAUUGAGCAUUAUAUCAUCAUAGAUUGAGAUGAGCGUUGACCCCUUGCUAAAUUCUUCUGCGCUCGUCGACCGCUUCUUAUCCAGGUUAUUCAUCCCUUCGAUGCUCAGGCUGAUGGCGAGCUGAGUCUUUCCACCGGCGACUACGUUGUCGUCCGUCAGGUACCUCCACACCUCCUAGAAUUGAAUUUCCUGGCAUGAUCCUUAAUAAAUUCCUCGCAUCCUCCUGUGAAGAAGAAGAAGGAAAAAAAAAAAAACAGAGAGAAGAAAAGGAAUCCCAUCUUGUAUCAUCUAGAACUGGCCCUGGCAUCAUCAAGAGCGAUCCCAACCUUGAAAAUGUCCAGUAGAAGAAACCCAGAUCCGAAGAUGGAAGGAAGAGCGGGCAACAAAACCAUGAGACUUGGGUCAUCGUGAUUCGGACGUAUUUCAUGUUUCCUUUCCGGGUCGGCAGGGCUCGGAGAACGGAUGGUUGGAGGGCGAAUGCAAGGGGAAGGCCGGCUGGUUCCCGGCGGCCUACGCCGAGCGUCGCGACAGAGCUCCUGCCAACAGGGUGAUCGAGCCCGGCGGCGGCCUGCCCCCCGCGAUGCCACCGGCUACAUCCUCGCGAGGAUAG